AAGCCAAGAGGAAAAGCAUGGAGGAUUCGUAUUGAAGUGUGACCUUCUGUAUUAUAAACAUUAACAUAGUAUUGAGAGGUGAGAUGAUAUUUAAUUGACCAUUUGACCAAAUCGUGGAAUAAGAUUAGUCUCUGCUGAUCAACGUCAUUGUUCAUGUUUAUAGCUCAAGGUAUAUCCACAAUGUCGGCCAAGCAGGCAUCAGUCCAUGCCAAGUGGAUCAUCGGCAGAGUGAUCGGGACCAAGAUGCUGAAGACGGCCAAGGUCCGAGUAACAAGACUGGUGCUGGACCCCUACCUCCUCAAGUACUACAACAAGAGGAAGACCUACUUUGCUCAUGAUGCAAUACAGCAAUGCACCAUGGGAGAUGUUGUUCUUCUCAAGGCCUUACCGGAACCACGGUCCAAACAUGUGAAACAUGAACUGGUCGAGAUUGUGUAUAAAGUAGGCAGGGUUGUUGACCCAUUUACUGGACUGAAAGUCGAAGGAACUCAGUUUCUGGAGCCUUUUGCUGACCUAGCAGACGACCUGGAUAAGAAGAUGUCAUUAUCAGAUCAAAUACCAGAAGUGGACUCUUCUGCCUCAUCCAGUACAGCCUCAUCCCUGGAGCCACGAACACCUUGAGCUGAAUUUCACUCAUAUUUUUUAUUUAAUCGAAUAAUGUUUAUGUUUGUCCAGCAUGAUGUGUGGUUCAUUAAAAUGUAAGCCAGCA